GAGGCAGCCGGGUACUGGGUACCGCGCAUGCGCCGCCGGUCCCGGUCCAGGCUGGAGGAGGCAGCCGGGUGCUGGGUACCGCGCAUGCGCCGCCGGACUGCCUCCCGCUGGAAGAUGCUCCAUGGCGGAUUUGAUGCUGGUGACAAGCGCCUUUGAGAAAACAAAAUGUCCACCAAAGCCGAACAAUUUGCAUCUAAGGUCCGUUAUUUACAAGAAUACCACAACCGUGUUCUUCAUAAUAUUUAUCCUGUCCCAUCUGGAACUGAUAUCGCAAACACAUUGAAGUACUUUUCACAGACAUUAUUAAGCAUUUUGUCCCGCAUAGGGAGGAAGGACAACCAGGAUGGCUCCAAUUUGACAGUGCCCAUGACUAUGUGUCUUUUUCCUGUGCCAUUCCCACUCACCCCAUCCCUAAGACCACAAGUCAGUUCCAUCAACCCUACUGUUACUCGCUCCCUCCUUUACAGCGUCCUCCGCGAUGCUCCCUCUGAGCGCAAUCAGCAAAGUCGUGAUGCACAGCUUUCAGAAUACCCUUCACUGGACUAUCAAGGUCUCUAUGUGACACUCGUGACUCUACUUGACCUGGUCCCCUUGUUACAACAUGGCCAACACGACUUAGGACAGUCGAUAUUUUACACUACAACAUGUUUGCUGCCGUUUCUCAGUGAUGAUAUCCUGAGUACCUUACCUUACACCAUGAUUUCUACUUUAGCAACGUUUCCCCCAUUUCUUCACAAGGAUAUCAUUGAAUACCUGAGCACAUCUUUCCUUCCAAUGGCAAUAUUGGGUUCAUCGAAACGAGAAGGCAUUCCACCUUAUGUGAAUUAUUCUGCAUCUUCAAUGCUAAUGAUUGCUAUGCAGUACACAUCUAAUCCAGUGUACCAUUGUCAGUUAUUGGAAAGUCUUAUGAAAUACAAACAAGAAGUGUGGAAAGACUUGUUGUACGUGAUAGCCUAUGGUCCGUCUCAAGUGAAGCCGCCAGCUGUUCAAAUGCUUUUCCACUAUUGGCCCAAUCUAAAGCCACCAGGUGCUAUAUGUGAAUACCGGGGCCUUCAGUACACAGCUUGGAAUCCAAUUCAUUGUCAACAUAUUGAAUGUCAGAAUGCAAUCAACAAGCCUGCUGUGAAGAUGUGCAUAGAUCCAUCCAUUUCUGUGGCAGUAGGUGAGAAACCACCCCCAUUAUACUUGUGUGAAGAGUGUAGCCAAAGGAUUGCAGGGGUCCAAGCUGAAUGGUUAAUUGAUGUCUUGCUUCCACAAGCUGAAAUUUCUGCUAUUUGUCAGAAGAAGAAUUGCAGCUCACACGUUAGGAGAGCUGUUGUAACCUGCUUCUCAGCAGGUUGCUGUGGUCGCCAUGGAAACAGGCCUGUGCGCUACUGUAAGAGAUGUCACUACAACUAUCAUUCCAGUGAGAUUGGUGCUGGAUCAGAGACCCACCUUUACCAAACUUCACCCCCUCCGAUGAACACCAGAGAAUGUGGUGCAGAGGAGCUAGUUUGUACUGUGGAAUCAGUAGUCAGUUUACUGAAGGAAGCCGAAUACCAUGCAGAGCAAAGAGAGUUUGAAUUAAACCGAAGACGACAAAUGGGUCUAUCUUUAUCCCAUCAUUCACUGGAUAAUAUGGAGUAUGAUAACAAGGAUGAUGAUAAAAACGAUCAACGCUUGUUGAGCCAGUUUGGAAUCUGGGUUUUGGUCAGUCUUUGCACUCCAAGUGAAAAUACACCAACAGAAAGUUUGGCCCGAUUGGUAAGCAUGAUGUUCCAGUGGUUUCAUUGCACUGCGUAUAUGCUCGACGAUGAAGUGGGAAGCCUUGUGGAGAAGCUGAAGCCUCAGUUUGUCACCAAAUGGUUGAAGACUGUUUGUGAUGUUCGAUUUGAUGUGAUGGUCAUGUGUCUUCUACCCAAACCAAUGGAGUGUGCAAGAGUUGGUGGCUAUUGGGAUAAGUGUUGCAGUACUGUGACACAACUGAAAGAAGGCUUGAAUCGAAUCCUAUGCCUCAUUCCAUACAAUGUCAUUAAUCAGGCUGUGUGGGAAAGCAUUAUGCCAGAAUGGUUGGAAUCCAUCCGAACUGAGGUGCCAGAAAGUCAGUUGAAAGAGUUUAAAGAAGUCUUAAGCAAAAUGUUUGAUGUUGAACUUUGCCCAUUGCCAUUUUCCUUGGAAGAAAUGUUUGGUUUUAUUAGCUGUCGAUUCACUGGCUACCCCGCUUCAGUCCAGGAACAAGCAUUACUUUGGCUUCAUGUAUUAUCAGAAUUGGAUAUAACAGUUCCUCUGCAGCUGUUGAUAAGUAUGUUUUCUGAUGGGGUGAACUCAGUCAAAGAACUAUCAAGUCAAGGAAAUGCACGAACCAGUGAGCAACCAGGCAACCCAACUGCUCGAAGGGUCAGUGUUGUAUCAGAUCCUGGACGCCGAGGCCAGCAUAUUACUCUUAGUCCAUUUCCUAGCCCUUUUCGGAGCCCAUUCCGUAGCCCAGUGCGUAGUCCAUAUCGUGGCUGCUUUAAGAACUUUGGUACUGUUGGAGGAAGAAACAUUGAUUUUGACACUGAUGAUGAUGAAAUGAACCUGUCUUGCUUCAUCCUGAUGUUUGAUUUGAUACUGAAACAGAUGGAAUUGCAAAAUGAUGGUAUGGUCUUGGGUCUUGACCAUGGAUUGUCCAAGGACAUUAUUUCCAUCAUAAACAAUGUACUUCAGGCACCUUGGGGAGAUUCUCAUACUUGUCAGAAAGAUGAAAAAGAUGCUCACUGUAACCUUUGUCAGUCCAGCAUUUUGUGCUACCAAUUGGCCUGUGAACUAUUGGAGCAACUGACACCAAAAGAGGAAAUCAAAUUGGUGGAGCCCACUGACAGCUUUGAGGAAAGUAUGCUCUUUUCAAGGCCUGAAUUCACUAUUGGGUUCGAAGGAGAGGAUGACAAUUCAAAAGAGGAGGAAAUUCUAACAUCCAAUAAUGGAUGUGAAGAAAAUCUUGAAGAGAAGGAUGAUGUAGACCAAAGAUUUAGUUAUCAGCAACUACCUGUUACAUUGAAGCUAAUUUAUACAAUAUUGCAGGAGAUACCAAAAUGUGAGGAGCCAGACAUUCUUUUCAACAUGCUCAAUUGCUUAAAGAUGCUUUGCCUUCAUGGGGAAUGUUUAUAUGUUGCAAGAAAAGAUUACCAAAGGUUUCUUGCUUAUAUUCAAGACAAUAUGUUGAUUUCAAGCUUAUGGAAAGUACUUAAGUCUGAAUUCUCACAGCUUGCCUCUGUAGCGGUGCCAUUGUUUCUCCAUGCACUUUCUCUUCCUCGUGGCGCUGAUGUAUUCUGGGGCAUCAUUGACAGCAGCUUUAAUAGUAAGGACUGGAAGAUGAGAUUUGAAGCUGUGGAGAAAGUGGUGGUGUUGUGCAGAUUUUUGGAUAUUCAAUCUGUGUCAAAGAAUCACAUACUGAAGUACUCUCUAGCUCAUGCCUUCUGCUGUUUCCUGGCUGCAGUCGAAGAUGUUAAUCCAGCAGUGGCAACGAGAGCCAGAUUACUGCUUGAUUCCAUAAAAAGACCGGCUUUACAAGGCCUCUGUCUUUGCCUCGACUUUCAGUUCGAUACCGUUGUGAAGGACAGGCCAACUAUUCUCAGCAAGUUAUUUCUGCUCCAUUUCUUGAAGCGUGACAUUCCAGCUUUGAGCUGGGAGUUUUUUGUUAAUAGGUUUGACACCUUGUCUCUGGAAGCUCAGCUUCAUUUGGACUGCAAUAAGGAGUUUCCCUUCCCAACAACUAUAACUGCCGUCCGGACAAAUGUUGCAAACCUGAGUGAUGCUGCCAUGUGGAAAAUCAGACGAGCUCGCUUUGCACGAAACCGACAGAGAAGUGUGCGUUCUCUUCGGGAUAGUGUUAAAGGCCCAGGAGAGUCAAAGAGAGCACUUUCACUGCCAGAAACUCUGAGCACUAAACUGCCUUUGCGACUGACUAGACAUGAGCAGUCAGCUCCAACUCUUGGGGCAAUGAUGGAGCAUGUUAUACAUGGCCAGCAUUCUCCAGAGGAUGAUGCAAUCAUAAAGGAUCCUCUACCAGAGGAUGCUGGCAUUGACCAUCAAACAGUUCAUCAGCUAAUCACAGUUCUCAUGAAAUUCAUGGCAAAGGAUAAAAGCAGUGCUGAGGCGGACAUCAGCAGUGCCAAGGCAUUCAACACAGUAAAGCGCCACCUCUAUGUACUGCUUGGCUACGACCAGCAGGAGGGAUGCUUUAUGAUCGCCCCUCAGAAGAUGCGUACUUCUACUUGCUUCAAUGCUUUCAUUGCCGGAAUCGCACAGGUUAUGGAUUAUAACAUUAGCUUGGGCAACCAGCUCCUUCCACUGGUAGUGCAAGUGCUGAAGUAUUGCAGCUGCCCACAGCUGCGUCACUACUUUCAACAACCUCCGCGGUGUUCUCUUUGGACUCUGAAACCUCACAUACGACAGAUGUGGCUGAAGUCACUGCUAGUGAUCCUGUACAAGUAUCCCUACAGAGACUCUGAUGUCAGCAAGAUUAUAUUGCAUCUGAUCCAUAUCACAAUUAAUACUCUAAAUGCUCAAUACCACAGCUGUAAGCCUCACCCUACUGCUGGACCCCUAUAUAGUGAUAACAGUAAUAUUAGCAAAUACAGUGAAAAAGAAAAAGAAGAAGACAGCGUAUUUGAUGAAUCAGAUGUACAUGAUACCCCAACUGGAGCUGGAAACAAGGAAUCUCAAACCUUCUUUGCAAGACUGAAACGGAUUGGGGGGAGCAAAUCAGUAAAAUAUCAACCAGUUGAGAUGAAUGCACAGAAGAGUUCAGAGAUAGAACUGUCUGAAUACAGAGAUUCAAGUCUUUUGCCAGAUAAUAUUAUGCAUUGUGGCACAUCUCCAAAAUUACAGGAAGCCUUUGGUCAACAGAAAAAAUUGCGUGCAAUUAAGCAACAGUCACUUGAUAUUGGAAAUGCAGACUCUGCUCUGUAUUCUUUAGAUGAGCAACGCAGAAAGUCAUGUCUAGAUCGAUAUCAAUCCGAAAAACGAUCAAGUUUUCCUUCCUGUUAUAGUCAAAUGGACAGUAUGUAUGGAAGAGCAGAUCAGGAUUUGACAACUGGAGAGCUUCAGGAAAGGUCUUUGGCUGCAGAGGGCUCCCAGGAAGGGAAGAGACCAGAAGUUGUAAUACCAGAAGUCAGACUCAAUUGCACAGAAACAUUUGAAGUCAAACAUGCAUCUCCUGAGAAAAGUACUUCCUUUGCAAAGGAGGAAACCGAUUUGAUUGACUUAUCAUCUGACUCAUCAUGUGCACCAGAGAAACAGUCAAUUCUUUCAAGUUCUGAUAGUGACUCUCUGGUCUUUGUGCCUCUCCCCCCUCUUAGGAUUGUGGAAAGUGAUGAGGAAUAUGAAAUUCAGAAUCCUCCUGACAAUAAACUAAAUGUGGAAACUAAUACAUUGCACAAUACCACACCACUUGGCCUGAAUAUUACUCCAGUUGUACAAGUCAAUGUUGAAGAUUGUUCUAAAGACUUGCAUUGUCUUGAUUUUUCUAAUACUUCUUUGCUGGAUACUGAGAAUAUAUUGUCAGUAGUUACAAAUGAUCAAAAAAACCUGGGAGAGCUAACACCACAGAAAUAUUCUAAGUGUUCAGGUUGUGAAAGUCCUCUUACUCUUAAGCAAAAGAGAGAAAAUCUCAGGAAGUCGUCUGCUGUGUUGGAAGUAUCCCAGGAUGACACUUUUGAGUUGAAUAAAGAUCAAACUAAAUCUGAUAGUCCUUUACCAAGUCCUGUUGUAAAAACAGUACUCCUCAAACUUCCUACAGAAGGUGAACAGAAUGAAAAGAUAGAGACAGAGGCAGAGAUCACUGUUGAAAAAGAUAAUGACCAAAAAGAUGAAAGUGGUGAAGAAACUGAAUUCAAAAUCCAGAUUGUCCCAAGGCAGAAGAAGCAAAGGAAGAUUGCUGUCAGCGCAAUUCAGAGGGAAUACCUUGAUAUUUCUUUUAAUAUUUUAGACAGAAUUGGAGAUCAAAAAGACACUGGUGCUACGAAAUCGAGUUUACUAUCAGCACAGAGCAUUGUCAGCAUGUUUGUUCCUGCACCUGAAGAAUUUACAGAUGAUCAACCCACUCUUAUGUCUGACAGAUGUCUUGACUGUGGAGCUAUUCUUGAAGAAUACGAUGAAGAAACAUUGGGACUGGCUAUUGUAGUUCUUUCGACGUUCACUCAUUUGAGUCCAGACUUAGCAGCCCCUUUACUGCUAGAUAUACUGCAGUCCGUAGGAAGACUAGCAUCCAGCAGUCUUUUUUCUGGCCAGGCAGAAAGCAUGUUGAUUCCUGGCAACACUGCUGGUGUGGCAAAGCAGUUUCUCCGUUGCACCUUUCAUCAGCUAGCUCCCAACAGUAUUCUUCCUCAGCUAUUUCAAAGCAACAUCAAAGAUGGAAGCUUCCUUCGAACUUUGGCCUCGUCUUUGAUGGACUUCAAUGAGUUGAGUUCAGUGGCAGCAUUGAAUCAGCUCCUGGAGGGUUUAAACAACAAGAAGAAUUUACCAGCAGGGGGAGCCAUGCUUCGCUGUUUGGAUAACAUAGCUACUUACAUGGAAGCUUUACCAAUGGAUUUACCAAACAAUCUGUGGACUACAAUCUGCAAUCACUUUCAAACAUUUCUGGCCAAGCUGCCAUGCAUAUUGCCUCUGAAGUGUUGCUUGGAUUCCAGUUUGGCAAUCAUGAUCUGUCUUCUAAAGAUACCUACUUCAAGUGCAACACGGAGCCUUUUGGAGCCAUUUUCUAAAUUACUGAGCUUUGUGAUUCAGAAUGGAGUCUUCACCCUUGCAUACCUUGUUGAGCUGUGUGGAUUGUGUUAUCGAGCAUUCAAUAAGGAACGAGAUAAAUUUUAUCUCUCACGAUGUGUUAUACUAGAAUUAUUACAAGCACUCAAAUUAAAAUCUCCAAUACCAGACACCAAUCUUUUGCUGCUGGUCCAGUUUGUUUGUGCCGAUGCUGGAACCAAAAUAGCUGAAUCAACCAUUCUGCAGAAACACAUGAUUUCUUCUGUCCCUGGAUACACGACUGCUGCAAUGGAAUGCAUGCGACAGUACAUCAGCGAAUUGCUGGACUUCAUAGCUGAUAUGCACACACUCACCAAGCUGAAGGGUCACAUGAAAACUUGUUCUCAGCCUUUGCAUGAAGAUACGUUUGGCGGCCAUCUUAAAGUAGGACUAGCACAGAUAGCCGCAAUGGAAAUUUCCAAAGGCAAUCAUCGUGAUAACAAAGCUGUCAUUCGUUACUUGCCAUGGUUAUACCAUUCUCCCUCUGCAAUGCAACAAGGUCCAAAAGAAUUUAUUGAGUGUGUCUCCCAUGUUCGUCUUUUGUCAUGGCUGCUACUGGGGUCUCUUAGCCAUAGUGUAGUGUGUUCAGGAUCCACAUCAUGCAUGCCUAUUCCUUUGGAUGCUGGUUCACAUGUUGCUGAUCAUCUUAUAGUUAUCUUGCUUGGAUUUCCCGAACAAUCCAAGACAUCUGUAUUGCACAUGUGCUCUCUCUUCCAUGCAUUUAUAUUUGCUCAGCUUUGGACAGUCUACUGUGAACAGGCGGCAUCCACCCCACCUCCACAGAGUCAGAAUGAAUAUGUCUCUACAGCCAUUCUAACUGCCCUGGAAUUCUGGAGCCGAGUGACUCCGAGUAUUUUACAGCUGAUGGUUCAUAAUAAAGUUAUGGUGGAAAUGGUUUGCUUGCAUGUUAUCAACUUGAUGGAAGCUCUACAGGAGUGCAAUUCAGCCAUCUUUGUGAAGCUUAUUCCUAUGUGGUUACCGAUGAUUCAAUCAAAUUUGAAGCAUCUAUCAGCAGGUCUGCAGCUACGCCUUCAGUCAAUCCAGAACAAUGUCAACCAUCACAUUCUGCAGUCACUCCAGGGGCCUGGGCAAAUGAGCACAAGCUCAUCAGUGCUCCGUAAGUGGUUGCAGUGUGCUCAGUUCAAGAUGGCUCAGGUGGAAGUACAGUCAUCAGAGGCUGCAUCUCAAUUUUAUCCUCUUUAAGAUUCUUGCAAAUUUUAAUGAUACUGGACUUGAAACAGUAGCCUGUCUCGUUCCCUUUCUUGAUACUGCUAAAGCAUCAAGUGCAUGCCGCCUGUGAAUUAGCCUUGGUAAUUUAACCAUUUCUUCUACUUUACAAUUACAGUGAAGAUUAAUUUAAAAGCAAGACAACUGUGUACAAACAUUGAAAUGAAAUUGUUUAUAUUAUAGUGAGUAUUUUGUAGUUUAUCAAGAAUAUAAUACAGGUUCUGAAAUAUCAAAAUCUGAAAACCUCUGAAAUCCAAGUGUUUUGAAGAAUAUAAUACACAUUGGGCAUCCCUUAUCUGAAAUUCCAAAGUCCGAAAAUCUGUGAAAUCUGAAUUUUUUCUCUGAGCCGUGACAUGACAUCACAGAUGUAAAAUUACACAAGAGAGUGGGAAUGUGACAGUUCUGAGAAAUAACUUCUCAUGUGUAAUGAACAGAAAUUAAUGAAAAGUAGUAAAAUGAAGAUCUCGAUUGUAUAUUGGGAGCUUCGGAGUGAUCAUGUCCCACUUACGAAGUGCUGAUCAUGAAACCAGCGAAUAUCUAUUCCGCCGACCUAAAAUUGAGGUAAUUGUGAAAAUUCUGGAGGCUGGUUGCAGAAGUUUAAGAAAAGGCUGUGCAUUAAAUUUUUAAAGGUUUGUAGAUGAAAAUCUAACACCAGAACAAGUCUACAAUGCUGAUUGUUUUUACACCUUACGUAAACCCCCCAAAAAGUAAGAUACAAAUACACUGUACUGUAACCUUUUAAUCAAAGGAUGGUGUCAUAGGUGGAGAAUGAAAGCCUGAUGUUGCUUGUUGUUUAGCAGCUGAUUCAGGUAUUUUCCCAAUCCGUUGUGUUACUUUUGUUACCCUGCACACAUUAUAUUUUUUAUAGAUUAAGGACACUCAGUCCUCGUUUAUUGUCAUUUAGAAAUGAUACAAUGUUCCUCCGGAGUGAUACCACAAAAUAAAAAAAGGACAAACCAAGACUCCCACUGACAAAACCACAUAAUUAUAGCAUAUAGUUACAGCAGUGCAAAGCAAUAUCGUAAUUCGAUAAACGCAGACCAUAGUCGCGGUUUAAAAGUCUCAAGUCUCGGUCGACUCCAAUCGUCCCGAUAUCAGGCAGCAAAAGGGAGAAACUCUCCCUGCCAUAAACUUCCAGGCACUGACAAUGCCUCGGAAGCACCCAAUGACAGCAGACUCUGAGUCCGUCCGAAAACUUCAAGCCUCUGACCUGCCCCUCUGAUACAGCCUCCUGAGCACCAUCCUCUGCUGAGCGCCUUCGACCUCAUCCCGGCCGCCAAAACAAACAAAGCCGAGGUCUCGGUGGCCUUCUCCUCCGGAGGUUCCGGACCGCAUGGUCGCAGCGGCAGCGAAGCGGGCAUUUCAGAAGUUUCUCCAGAUGUUCCUCCACAUUCUCACGUCUGUCUCCAUCAAAUCAGGAUUGUGCACGGAUCCCUACUUAACACGGAACAGAUAUCCAUCUCCAGAGAGGCCAUCUUCUCCUCCCCCUUUUAUAAUAUUUUCAUUAUAUUAAUGGUGGGUUCUGUUCAGUACAUAUAAAACCAUAAGAUAUGGGAGCAGAAUGAGGCCAUUUGGCCCAUCGAGUCUGCUCUGCCACUUCUUCAUGGCUAAUCCAUUUCCCUCCCAGCCCAAUCUUCUGCCUUCUCUCCAUAUCCCUUCAUGCCCUGACUAAUCAAGAAUCUAUCUGCCUUAAAUAUACAUAAAGACGGCCUCCACAGCCACCUGUUACAAUGAAUUCCACAGAUUCACCACCCUCUGGUUAAAGAAAUUCCUCCCCAUCUCCAUUCUAAAUGGAUGACCCUUUAUCCUGACGCUAAGUCCUCUCAACCUAGACUCCCCCACCAUAUGAAACAUCCUCUCCACAUCCCCUUUGUCAAAGCCUUUCAACAAUCAAUAGAUUUAAAAGAGAUUUCCCUCCCCAUUCUUCUGAAUUCCAUUGAGUACAGGCCCUGAACCAUCAAAUGGCCCACAUAUGGGGAGCUUUUCAAUCUCAGAGUCAUUUUUCUGAACCUGCUUUGAGCCCUCUCCAGUGUCAGCACAUCCUUUCUUGGAUAAGAGGCCCAAAACUGCUCACAAUACUCCACACAAGGCCUCUCCAGUGCUUUACAAAUCCUUGACAUUACAUCCUUGCUUUUGUAUUCAAGUCCUCUGAGAAUGAAUACUAACAUUGCAUUUGCCCUCCUCACAACAUCUUCAAAGCCUAAUUUUAUUGUCAAAGUAUGCAUAUGCACUACAACUCUGAUAUUUGUCUACUCCAGAAAUCCAUGUAAUACUGAAAAGCCUUGGGAGCUGUUGAAAGAAACGACAUCAAGCCCCCCACAUGAAAAAGAGAAAGAAACCAAACUUGCAAAUCCCAAACCCCCCACUCCUUCCUUUGCACAAAAAACUAACAGAUGGCCUUCCUUUCAAAGCACACUGACAAUAGCAUCAACCCCCCCAACCCUACCAUCACACACAAAACCUGACAGAUCGCCCACUCAGUGAAACAUCAGCACGAAGAUCAGAUUCCAAAUCCCCACCCCCUUGCUCACGCAAAAAGUAACAUAUCGCCCACCCGCCAAUUGGAAAAGUAAGAAGACGCAGAAAACUGAAUGAGACCAACAUAAACUACAGUCCAAUAAUCACAUAAAUCUCAGAAUUUCAAAAGUAGCCUAUGUUAGCAUUGAGGAGAGUGGCCUUCCAUAAAGGACAACUGCCAUGAUGGUUGCCAAUGUUGCGACCUGAUCACCAACCGGUCAACCCCAUGGCCUCCGUGGAGAGUGACUGGUGGCCUUCUGUAUUCAUCUCAAUGCUCAAUCUUCCUCGCCACUUCAAAGUGGAGUUGUUCAUGACCCCGCACUUCAUCUCCAGAUUUCCCAUAGGAGGCGGCUCGUGCUCUCAGUCCUCUCCAAGAACAGCAGAACAUUAGAUCAUUCGAUCGAAUUCCAAACUACACAUUACAGACUCCAGCAGUUUCCAAAACACAAUCCAGACAAAAAGAACAAGCAGAAGAUGUACAGAAAGUGAAAUAAUUGAAGAGAUUAGCUAUCUGGAAGAUGUUGGCCGAGGAAUUGUUAUUCACUGGUGCCAUCCUGACCAUCAACAUAACCUGCAAAUAAACCUUUAGGGAAUCUGGCACGAGUAUUCCCAAAACCCUUUGCACUUCAGAGUUUUGAAUUUUUCUCUCCAUUUAGAAAAUAGUGUAUACUUUUAUUUCUUCUCUGAAAGUGCAUGACCACACACUUUCCAACUGUAUUCAAUCUGCCAAUUCUUUGCCUUUUCUCUUAAUCUGUCUUAAAUCCAUCUGUAGACUGUCCACUUCUUUAACACUACCUGCUCCUCCAUCUAUCUUCGUAUCAUCCACAUACUUGCCCACAAAGCCAUCAAUUCCGUUAUCCAAAUCUUUGGCACAUACUAUAAAAAGAAACAGUCCCAACAGUGACCCCUGUGGGACCCAGUAGCCACCAGCAGCCUGCCAGGAAAGGCUCCCUUUAUAUGUAUAAUAAACAAAUGUAAGAGAAAGACUUCUUAGCGGUAACACACAAGUUCAGAGCCAGAAAUUAUGGUGAUCCCAAGCUAUCCUAUUAUAUAUUCCAAAAUCCAAAACGUUUCCAGCCUCAAGCAUUUCAGAUAAGGGAUACUCAGCCUGUAAUAGAGUUUCAAACUUGCACAUCAAAAGUGCUGCAUGCUACUUACUUGGGAAGGCAUGUUAAUUUACUAAAUUAAAGAUAUAAUUUACAUGUCUUUGCAUUUCAUCAUUUAACUACUUUCAUUGCUCACGUUCAUAAGCAUCCUCUCCACUGCAGUCUUGCAGUUGAACAUUUUUUAUGUAUCCUUUCUGCAAUCUCAGAUCUUCUCUGUACUGUUAUUUAUCAACAAGGAACUGUUGGAUUGUCUACACAGUGCAAUGUCAGGUCAAGUAGUGUCCUGCUGUUAGAGAGCUGGAGUAGGCACAGCUCCACCAGAAAAUAUGCUGUACUUUUUUUUAUAUUGACAUUUGCUGGGAUCUAUACCUUUGACUGUUCACAUGCAAAAAAAAGCCUAAUUAGUGUUCCAAUUCUGUCUCUGGGAAUUUGCAAACUACGGAAAAACAAUAGGAAGGAUCUAUUUUGCAAUAAUGCCAGAAGAAAGUGAGUAUUUUGCUUGCUGGUAAACUACCAGGUUGUUUAGGUAAAUAAUACCAUUAAAUCAAUGUUAACAUAGAAAUACAAAAAUAGAAAAUAAAUGGAUCUUUUUAUUCUAUUGAUAAUUGUACAUAGUUUCCUGUAAGUUACCAUUCAGAUUAUAAAAUUAGAAAGCAAAAUUAAAUUUUGUGUGAAUAAGAAUAUAGAAAAUGAAAAUACAUUUUUGUAAGGUAUAAGGAAUAGUCUGAUGCAAAUUAUUACCAUUCUUUUUAAUACUUCCAUUUAUGUCUAUUCUGACCCAGCAGUCUAUGUAACCAUUCUCCUUAUCAUGUCUGUUCCAGCAAUGAAAUUGAAGUUGGUACAAAUAUAUUCAAUAUUGUUCUAUGCUCAGUGAACUGACAUUGUUAGAAAAUAAAAGAGAUCAAAUGUCAGUACUGUCAUUUUAUCAGACCAUAAGACAUGGGAGUUGUAAUGUACGGACCUAUUUCUUUUAGAGCAAUGAUGCCCCCCCUCCCUCCUUAGCACUAUGUAUUGAUUUGUUGUCUGCGUGUGUGCUGUUGUCUACCUAUGCGCAUUGUUUUCUCUCUCUCUCGCUGCAAUGGGAAUACACCAGUUAAUGCCAUCUGCCGUGUGUGCGCAUUUAUUUUUUAAAUAUAUACUUGUGCACAGACACAAGAAGAAUGGAAUUUGCCAUUUGGUCCAUCAAGUCUGUUCUGCCAUUCCAUCAUGGCUGAUUUAUUAUCCUUUAGUCAGUCAAUGCCUGAUAAAGCCUUUCUCAUUUGAAAAUUUAGUAAUUUGGAACUGUCAACUUUUACAUUUUAUGCAAAGUAGUUUUUAUUUACCACAAGGUGUCAUUUUUUUUAAACUUAUGAAAGAGGAUUUGUCAAUGUACAUAUUUAGGUAUUAGUAUGAAUUUUGACUAUAAUGUGCAGAAAAUACAUACAUUCUUUGCAAAUUCUACUUCACACUAGCAUUAACAUUAUAUUAAUUUAAUAUGUACUCAGUGAGCACUUUAUUAGGUACAACCGUACUAUUGCUCAUAAAUCUACAUAUCUAAUCAGCCAAUCAUGUGGCAACAACUCAAUGGGUAAAAGCAAACAUGGUCAAGAGGUUCAGUUGCUGUUCAGACCGAACACCAGAAUGUGUAAGAAAUGUGAUCUAAGUGACUGACUGUGGAAUGAUUGUUGGUGCCAGAUGGGGUGGUUUGAAUAUCUCAGAAAUGGCUGAUCUCCUGGGAUUUUCAUGCACAACAGUCUCUAGAGUUACAGGGAAUGGUGCAAACAACAAAAAAACAGCCAGUGAGCAGCAGCUGUGUGGGGAAAAAUGCCUUGUUAAUGAGAGAGGUCAGAGAAGAAUGGCCAGGCUGGUUCAAACCAACAGGAAGGUGACAGUAACUCGAGUGACCAUUCAUUGCAAUAGUGGUGUGUGGAAGAACAUCUCCGAAUGCACAACACGUCAAACCUUAAAGUGGAUGGGCUACUUCAGCAGAGGACGGUAAACAUACACUCAGUGGCCACUUUAUUAGCAAAAGGAGGAGCACUAAUAAAGUGUAUGUCAGUCAGUUAAUUGAAGAAUUUUUUGCUUUUUUACUAUAAAUACUGUUAAUAUUACCAUCUGAAAGACAAAGCUUUCUAAGUUACAUAAAGUAUUUUGUGUAAUUUAUGUAGAAAAAGUUGCACUGACCAUAGUGUCCCAGGGACCAUCAGUAAGUUAGAACAUAAAACAGUACAGCACAGAAAUAGGCCUGUCAGCCCACAUUGUAGAUAUAAAUAUAAAGAGGGGAGAGGGGGUUUGGAAUUAAAAAGUGCUCUGUAUGAGAAGGAUUUGGGCCUCCUGGUAGACUUAUUACUAUCAACAUUGGGACAAUGUUGCAAUAGAAUGUUUGGCUAUAUAAUGUGCUCAGUGGAGUUCAAGUCCAGAGACAUCUUAAGCUGUAUAAUGCACUUGUGAGGCCACACCUUGAGUAUUGUCUACAAUUUUGAUCUCCAUAUUGUGUGAGGGAUAUGAAGCCGCUGGAGAGAGUCUAGAGAAAUGUGACUAUACUCAUUCCAGGUAUGCAAGGCAUGAACUAUGAAGAAAGAUUGAAAUAAUUAAAUCUUUUUAGCCUAAGUAGACGUAGAAUGAGAGGAAACGUGAUAGAAGUGUUCAAAAUCAUUAAUGAUAUAAGUAAAGUGGAUGCCAACAGUUGCUUCAAAAUUAAUCCAUCAUCAAGGAUACGGAGCCAUAGGUGGAGACUGGUAAAAGGGAGAUUUCUUUACACAGGAGUAGUGGACACAUGAAACAAACUAUCUAGUUGUGUAGUUGAGGGUAGUACCUUGGAAACUUAAAUCUAAACGAUUGUUAUUUCAACACACUAUGUGAAUAGGAAUUUGACAACCUUUGUUGGGCUGAAUGUCUUGCUCUUGUCAGAAACCUUCUAAAGUUCAAUGUUGUGCUGAACCAAUUAAAUUGGUAAUCAAAUGGGCAACUAAUCUCUUCUGCCUACACAAUGUCCAUUUUCCUCACAUUCAUGUGCCUAUCUAAACAUCUCUUAAUGUAUCUGCCUCCACCACCACCUCAGGCAGUGCAUUCCUGACACCCAUCAUUCUCUGUGUAAAGUAAAACCUGCCCCUGACAUCUCUUUUGAAGCUAUCCCCGCUCUCCUUAAGUGAUAGUAGUUGUGUGGUAAUGUCCUUUUUAAUAAAGAAUGACUUAGACCAGGAGUUCCCAACCUGGGGUCCACAAACCCCUUGAUUAAUGAUCUUGUUCCAUGACAUAAAAAAGAUUGAGAACCCCUGAUUUUGACUAAAAAGCGUAGUAGAAUAGAAUAUUGCAUUUUUUUUAAUGUUUAUCAUGCUCCCAUGCUUUGAAAAGUUCUAUCUGACCAGGCUUUACAUUGUGAAUGUGUUCAUUACUGACAAGUUGCACUUGUCUCAUUGGAUGCACACUGAUGGUAGAAAUCAAACACUGUUAAUAGCACUCUUUCUAACUCUGGGUUUGUGUAAAAAUGACCUUUUAGCCUACACUUCAUGGCAAUUUCUUUUCUCCAUGCUCUACAAAGAGCAAUAUAAAAAUUGUAUAUCACAGUUUGAACUGGAUUGAAAUGCUAUUCAGUAGCAUUUCUGUGAUUACAGAAACUCACAUUUAAUCUACUCGAAGAAAAACAUCAUUGUAUUUUUUGGCAAAAAUGUUCAUUUUGUAAUUAUUAAUGAAGAAAUUCUCACGUGUGUGGACAUGGAUUAGGAACAGCAGUUCCUGCUAUUGUUACUGAUUAAUGCUUUUCUAAACACAUUUCAUUAUCAGAGAUAAGGUGAUGAAAGUAAAACAUUUUAAGAAAAAUGCCCUAUUCUCUGUACUAAAAAGUCUACGAUAUGCCCAUUCUAUUGCAGAUUUGUGAUUUGACGAAUGAUUUUGUGAGAGCAAUUUCAAUGUAGUGCUAAAUUUGAAGGUCACUAACAGGAAUUUAGUGCACAAAAAAAUCAACUGUCAUUUAAAUUGUUAUUCGCCUCAUAGAAAACUGAAUGAUGGGUAAAUCAUCUUAAAUGUGAUGUCAAUAACCGAGCAUUGAAUUUAUGUUUUUUUUUGCGGAAAUCAAUUUGUUCCCCUUCCUUUUGAAGUAAUAAAAUACA